AUGGACUCCUCAAGUCUUCAAGCAUUUACGGCUCCAGUGCCUUUAGUGGGUGACAAUGUGAAGGUAAAUAAGUCAUGUCUCGAGUGCAGACGCCGCAAAAUAUCCUGCAACGGAAGCCAGCCUUGUGACAAAUGCGUAUACUACCAAGUGCAGGACUGCCAGUACUCCUUCCGAAAACAUCGGCAGUCCUCUACUCGCAAGUCAGCUAGAUGCACUAACGUUGAAACCAGUUCCGUCACUUCAGCAAAUAUCGUGGUCAACAAGCUGUUUCCUUCGCAAUCCCCACUCUCCCUGGCGCAGCUAUCUCGAGAGGAAUUACUCCAUCUGGCUAACAGAGGGUCCUUACCAACAUGGUCGACUUCAGUAAGCGAACCACUCAGCCUCGACAUUGAGGCUGAUGACGAACGAAAGUGGAAUGAGCCACAAGAGAUGCAAGACACCGAGAGAGGGAUGUGCGAUGAUGUGAAUGGCCUCUCCUUGCGACUUCAGCACCGGUCUUAUAUGGGACUCUCAUCCACUCAUGCGAUUUUGCGAACCAUGAUUAGGCUGAGACCGUCUAUACAGACGGAUCUGAAACAUGAAACAACCCGCAACUGGGACCUGGUGAACCAGGGUCCAAUACAAGUCCAGACGGGCUACGAGACAUUGCCGAGCCCUCACAUCCAAAACUUUAUUCCACAAAACGACGAAAGUACGUGUAUCAUGGAAUAUUUUGCUCGGUUCCACGAAGUUUGCCCAGUAUUGGACGAGGCCGAUUUCCUCUCGCAAUGGAAGCGCGGAGAUAGAUCCGAUCGAGCUUGGCUUGCAUUGUUGAAUAUGGUAUUAGUGAUGGGGUCAUUGGCUGCAAGUACCGCAGAUGACCAUUCGUACGAGAUUUACUACGCAAGAGCCAAAUCCUAUCUCGAUUUUGAACUUCUUGGCGAUGGCUGUGUAGAAAGCCUCCAAGCUUUAUGCCUUUUAGGAGGUUACUAUCUCCACUAUAAAAACGCUCCGAACAUGGGUUAUGCAAUAAUGGGUGCUGCUUUUCGUAUGGCCAUCGCUCUCGGGCUUCACCGCGAGCCAAUUAAUAUAAAUGCAAGGACGGGGUUGAACUGGAAACCAACAAUCCGACGCAACAUCUGGUGGUGUCUGUUCUGUACUGAUACCUACAAUUCUAUGACACUUGGCCGAACCACUCUUGGCCGAUGGGACCCGGGAACAAUGAAUGUUCGAAGCCCUAGCGAUGUUGAGAAAAAAGAUUCCGCUGUGCUUUCAAUCGAUUGUUCACGAGGAUUUUGUAUGAUUGCCACUAGAAUACAGCACCGCUUUGCACAGUUUCAUCCUAUAACAGUAAGCGAUGUUAAUUUAUACGAUGCAGAAGUACGAGAGUGGUUUCAAAAUCUCCCAAGUGAGUGGCGUACGUUAGAUCUGGGGUGUUCAACUUCAGAGACAGCCAAAUGUGCUCUGCAUAACCGAUACCACCUUUUCCGGCUUCUACUAUUUCGGCCGUUCCUACUCAGCUAUGCCAACCGAAGAGUACCAUUCAGCUUAUUGAGGAAAGACGAACAAAUAGCCAUCCUAAAAUGCCAGGACAUUGCCUGCGAAGCAAUAGACCACAUGGUUUCCACGACUCAUACCCUCGACAGACUUCGUGUCUGGAGUGCAGCUUGGGUCUUAUACCAAUUCACUCUGGUAAUACUCCUAUGCAUAAUAAUCGAUCCAAACCACCUGGAGUCUGGUAGAUGGUGCGCUAGUAUUGAAAAGGCACUUGUUUUGUUCAAGGGAAUGGCCCCUUGGUCGGCAUCUGCUGCCCGCUCUAGGCAGUUUAUAGCUAGGAUAUACCACACCUGUGGUGUGCCUUCGGAUGCACUGUACAAUAUGACUGAUGACGAAUUUGAUAGGACAGUAUAUGAACUAGGGCUUAACAUGUAUAGCGAGGGAUGGCAAUGGGAUGCAACUAACUGGUCAGAUAUCUUAUUCCAGUAUCCGGAAUGGACAGGAGAGUAA